UACUAUAGCUAGCUACCAUCAUUAUUCCCUCUCUCUCUCUCUCCACAACCAAACCAAAGUGAGUUAGUGUGUGUGUUUUGCUCUCUCACUCACUCACUCUCACACUCUCACUCUCACUCUCACUCUCACUCCUCCUCUGUUCUCUGAGAUCCACAACAACCUCAACCAAAAACCAAAAAUCAAUCGUAUGAUCGCAGGAACUCAAAUCGAAAAUGUCAGGGUUUGAAGAAGGUGCUGGUGUUGUUGUUGUUGAUGGUGGUGAAAACUCUGAAGAAAGAUCAACGAGAAUCGGAACAUUGAAGAAGAAAGCGAUUAGUGCUUCUUCCAGGUUCAUCACUCACUCGCUGAAGAAAAGAGGGAAGAGGAAAAUCGAUUUCAGGGUUCCCAUUGAAGAUGUCAGAGAUGCAGAAGAAGAAUCAGCUGUUCAAGAAUUGCGUCUCAGACUCAUUGAAACUGGGUUCAUGCCUCCUAGGCAUGAUGAUUAUCACACAUUGUUAAGGUUUCUGAAAGCUAGGGAUUUUAACAUUGAGAAGACGAUUCAGAUGUGGGAGGAGAUGCUAGUUUGGAGAAAAGAGUAUGGGACUGAUGCAAUUCUUCAGGAUUUCGAAUUUGAAGAGCUGGAAGAAGUACUUCAGUAUUACCCUCAAGGUUAUCAUGGAGUUGAUAAGGAAGGUAGGCCAGUUUACAUUGAGAGGCUUGGGAAAGCUCAUCCAAGCCGCUUGAUGCGCAUCACAACAAUAGAUCGAUAUCUAAGAUACCAUGUCCAGGAGUUUGAGAGGGCUUUGCAGGAGAAAUUCCCAGCAUGUUCCGUUGCAGCAAAGAGACGUAUCUCUUCAACCACAACAAUAUUGGAUGUACAGGGCCUGGGAAUUAAAAAUUUCUCGCCUACUGCUGCAAAUCUCUUGUCUGCUAUCACAAAAAUAGAUAACAGUUACUAUCCUGAGACAUUAUACCGAAUGUAUAUCGUCAAUGCUGGUCCUGCCUUUAAGAAGAUGCUUUGGCCUGCUGCACAGAAGUUUCUUGAUGCCAAAACUAUUGCUAAGAUACAGGUUCUUGAACCUAAGUCUUUAUGUAAAUUAAUGGAUAACAUCGACUCUAGCCAGUUGCCAGACUUUUUGGGUGGCUCUUGUAAAUGCCCUGGAGAAGGUGGAUGUCUUAGGUUUAACAAGGGUCCAUGGAAUGAUCCUGAUAUCAUGAAGGUUGUUCAUAAUGUGGAGACAUCAUUUAUGAGGCAAAUCGCCAGAGGGUUCAAUGAACAACAACAAAUGUUUGACUCUUUUCAGACACACCAACAGCUGGGACGGCACAGUGAUAUGUCAACAGCAGAAUCUGGGACAGAUAUUGAUGAUUCUUUCUCACCCAUCAGACAAGGGACAUUUACUUAUCCUCAUUUAGCCCCAGUUCAUGAAGAAGCUAGGAUAUCAGAUAGUUACCAUAGUUGUAAUGAGAGGGCUCUUGCAGCAAAGAAAGUUCUCAAAAGUGAUCAAUUUAACCUUACUCAGGAAAAGUCAUUGCAAAAUGAUGAAAUGGGGAAUGCUGCUUGCACGGAGAAUUCCAAAGGAGGAUUUGUCAGCAGUUGGCUCAGCUCUGUUAAAGAAAACGUGGAGAAAACAAAUUUCUUAUAUGUGCCAAGAGUGCUGAUAUAUUUUUCCGAAAGAUUAGAUAUGUUCUUCCAUAGUUUAGGAAUAAAACUUUGGAGAAGACAGAACGAUAUUCACCCAUCUAUUGCCAGGGAACAGAUCAUAAAAAAUCAUACAGCAGCGGGUGAAACAGUUUCUGAACAGGAUCAUAUUCAUGCAUGCAUAAAACGUCUUCAGAGACUAGAAAAAGCAUUCGAGGAACUUAGCCAUAAACCUGCUAGCAUACCUCUGGAGAAGGAGAAAAUCCUGAUGGGUUCCUUGGAUAGGAUUAAAUCUGUUGAGUUGGACCUUGAACAGACUAAGAGGUUUGUGCUAUUAAUGCAGGUACUGCAUGAUACAGUGAUGAAGCAGUUUGAGAUUGCUGAGCUUCUUGAGAAUUUGCGGGAAUCGAAGUAUCAAAAAAGAAGGCUGUUUUGUUGAAUGAUUCAAGUCACAACAAGUUGUUGUUGGCUCUUCAGAAAGACAAUUUCAACAAGCACCCCCGUUUGGUCGCAAAAGUACUUAUUGGUGCUUAUUUAGUGCAUUUCUAGUAGAUAAGCGCCAAACAGGCAAGUAGAAGAAGACUUAGUGCAAGCUCACAUGUUGGACCCAAAGAAGGCGUGGGAUUAUACAGUUUCAUUAUUAUAUUAGUUGCUGCAGAACAUCCGUAGAGAAACCUGGGGAUGAGGCAGUCCUCAGUUUUUAUACAUAUAUAAAAUAUAGGCUUAAUUGCACUUGUGGUCCCGUAUUUAUGCUAAUGUGCAAACGGGGUUGCCAUAGUUCAAAAUGAGCUAUUGGAGUCCCUAAUGUUUUCACCCGUUUGCAGUUUUUGUCCUGCAGUAUAUUCUUCGGAAAAAAACUAACGUUUUUCUUGUGAUGUGAUAUUUUAAUGGAAAAAUGUUACUUUUUAUGAAAUGAAAA